UGCGCGACGAGUCUAGCAACAUCGUGAUGCCGCAGAUGCUGACUCGUUUGAUUUUCGCCUGGUCACGUCGCGAUAGACGCGUAAAUAAUUUUUCGUAUUUUGACUACUAACGUCGUUCUUUAGGCGGUUUCUUUAAGAGAUGAGUUCUAUAGGCACAGGAUAUGACCUGUCCGCUUCACAAUUUUCGCCAGACGGACGUGUAUUUCAAGUGGAAUACGCACAGAAAGCCGUGGAAAAUGGAGGGACAGUUAUUGGCUUACGAGGGAAGGACGGCGUGGUAUUUGCCAUUGAAAAGAUAGUAACGUCAAAGCUGUACGAGUCAGGAGCUAAUAAACGGAUACUUAAUAUAGACCAGCACAUUGGUAUGGCAGUCUCUGGUAUAAUAUCGGAUGCGAGACAGAUCGCAGAGACGGCAAGAUCAGAGGCUGCUAGUUACAAGGCACAGUAUGGAGUCGGUAUUCCAUUAAAGUAUUUAAAUGAGAGAGUCUCUAUGUAUAUGCACGCGUAUACCUUGUAUUCUGCCGUACGUCCUUAUGGUUGUUCUGUCCUGCUUGGUACUUAUGAGACAGAUGGUCCAGCAUUGUAUAUGAUCGACCCAUCGGGAGUAUCAUAUGGUUAUUACGGCUGUGCAGUAGGUAAAGCGAAACAGUCGGCAAAGACGGAAAUUGAAAAAUUGAAAUUACCAGAAAUGACGUGUAAAGAUUUGGUCAAAGAAGCUGCUCGUAUUAUCUAUCUUGUCCACGAUGAGCUAAAGGAUAAACAGUUCGAAUUGGAAAUGAGCUGGGUUGGUGCACACACUAAUGGAAGGCACGAACGUGUACCGGCUGAUUUAAAAGCUGAAGCUGAAGCGAAGGCACGACAGGCAAUGGCGGAAGAUUCGGACAGUGAUACCGAGGAUAUGUGAAACAAUAUAUAUUAUAUAAAUCCUGCCGUUAAAAUUCUUUGUAUUGUGUAAGCGAUAAUAUUAAAUAUAAUAUUAAUACACACAAAUAAUAUAUGCAUUAA